UUCUUUUGACGUGUGGAGUGCGUCGUGGGCGCACUGGAUUUUAUGUGUUUUUAUCUCUACUCUGAGAUAUUUUCAUGAAUUUAUCACUUGUUCUUGUUGUUCAGAAUAUAUCUACGCAUAUUUUUCAUUACAGAAGGUAAUCUAGAGAGACGUAGCAAUCAUGAGUCGGUUUUUCGCCACCGGGACAGACUCCGAGUCUGAAAGCUCCAGCGAGGAGGAGCAGGUAGUGCGCCCCGCAGCACCCGUCUACACGUUCAGUGAUGAUGAGGAGGAAACAAAGCGUAUAGUCCGCUCCAAUAAAGAGAAACGCUAUGAAGAGCUAGAGGGCAUCAUCCACUCUUUGCGCAACCACCGCAAGAUCAAGGAUUUCUCAUCAGCCCUAGCAUCAUUUGAAGAGUUACAAAAAGCUUAUACUAGAGCUGCCCCUGUUGUUCAGAAGGAAGAGAAUGGCAUUGCACCACGGUUCUUUGUCAGAGCUCUAGUAGAACUUGAUGACUGGGUGGUCAAUGCUUGGCAGGACCGUGAUAGUAGGAAGACCCUUUCAAAGGGAAACAGCAAAGCUCUGACAUCCUUAAGACAGAAGUUGAGGAAGUACACUAAGGAAUUUGAAGCAGAGAUUUCUAAAUUCCGUGAAAACCCAGACCUGCCUGAUGAGGAUGAUGAGAGAAAAGAUACUUCAUCAUCAGAUGAGUCAGAUGACGAAGACAAAGUCAAGGAGAAACCGCGCGUGCGGCGCUCGCCUGAACCGCCUCGUAGGCCUCCGCCCCAGGAAGACGACUCCUCUGACUCUAUGGACUGGGGAUCCUCAUCCUCAGACUCUAGUUCAAGCUCAGAUGACGAGGCCCGUGGAGUGACCAACCUUCGUGAACGGUUCUUGAAGAGGACCACUGAGAAGGAAGAGGAUGAAGAGAAGGCGGACAGGCGAAAAGCCAGGAGGGCUGAACGCCGUGAGAGGACCGGCAAGAUCAGUAAGAAGGACCAGGCUGAUGAUGGCGGUGAGUGGGAGACUGUCAGGAAGGGUGCAGCUACUUCUGACAAACCCAAGAUGUUUGCUAAGGAUAGCGACAUCGACGCGGCUCUGGUAGUGAAAAAGCUGGGCGAGAUCAGCGCAGCGCGUGGCCGCAAGCGCACGGACCGACGUGCGCAGCUAGAGCUGCUGCACGAGCUGCGCACCGUGGCCGCGCAGCACAACCUCGGCGAGGCGCUGCAACUCAAGCUCCGCGCCGCCACCGUCGCCGCUCUCUUCGACUACAAUCCUAAAGUCUCCGAUGCCAUGAAGCCAGAAUACUGGUCCAGACUUGUUGAGAAUGUAGACCAAAUGGUCACCAUCCUUCUGGCCCACGAAGACAUGGUGCUGAGCGAAAGCUUCACUGAAGAAAAUGAACAGCUUGUGACUGCACCGUUCAAAGUUCGCGGCUGCGUGCUCACGGCCCUGGAGCGGCUGGAUGACGAGUUCACUAAACUGUUGAAGGAGUGUGAUCCUCACUCCAAUGAAUAUGUUGAGAGGUUGAAGGAUGAAGUUCGAGUUUCUGCACUGAUUGAUCGCGUGUGCCAGGUCGUCGAGCGUGAUGGCAGCCCGCAAGAGAUUUGCCGCGCGUAUCUGCGUAAAAUAGACCAUUUGUAUUACAAGUUUGAUCCCCGUGCGGUAAGGAAGGAUCUACCGCCGGGUGAAGAAACCAGCAUCAAGAAGAUGGAGCGACUCUGCAAGUAUAUCUAUGCUCACGACGAGACCGACCGUCUGAGGACCCGCGCCAUUCUGUGCCACAUCUACCACCACGCCUUGCAUGACAACUGGUUCCAGGCCCGCGACCUCCUGCUCAUGUCUCAUCUCCAGGAGACGGUGCAGCACUCAGACCCCAGCACUCAGAUCUUGUACAACCGCACCAUGGCCAAUUUGGGUCUCUGCGCCUUCCGCCGCGGGAACGUGAAGGAAGCUCACGGCUGCCUCGCCGAGUUGAUGAUGACCGGCAAGCCUAAAGAGCUGCUCGCUCAGGGACUGUUGCCUCAGCGGCAACACGAGCGUUCCAAAGAACAGGAAAAGAUUGAGAAGCAGCGUCAAAUGCCAUUCCACAUGCAUAUAAACCUGGAGUUGUUGGAGUGCGUGUAUUUAGUGUCAGCGAUGCUGAUUGAGAUUCCGUACAUGGCGGCUCAUGAAUUCGACGCUCGCCGCCGAAUGAUCAGUAAGACUUUCUACCAGAACCUGCGCGCGAGCGAGCGCCAGGCGCUGGUGGGACCGCCGGAGUCCAUGCGAGAACAUGCGGUGGCCGCCGCCAGGGCCAUGCGCCGCGGCGACUGGAGGGCGUGCCUCAACUUCAUUGUCAACGAAAAAAUGAAUGCUAAGGUUUGGGACUUGAUGGUGGGUGCAGACAACGUACGCGCGAUGUUAGGCCGCCUCAUCCGCGAAGAGUCUCUGCGUACAUAUCUGUUCACGUACGCCCACGUGUAUGCUUCACUGUCACUCCGGUCCCUGGCCGAUAUGUUCGAGUUGCCGCGGCAACGCGUGCACUCGCUCGUGUCCAAGAUGAUCAUCAAUGAGGAGCUGCUUGCGUCACUCGACGACCCGAGUGAAUGCGCAAUCCUGCACCGCUCUGAACCUACCAGGAUGCAAGCCCUGGCGUUGCAACUUGCUGACAAGGUUGGCAACCUGGUGGAUUCCAACGAGCGUAUCUUCGAGAAGCAGGGCUCGUUCUUCCAGCGCGGCGGUGGCGGCCGCGGGGAGGGCCGGCAGCGCGAGCGACCCCGCGAGGGCUGGAACCGUCGCCAGCGCAACCGCCGCCGCGACGACGAGCGUACACAUGAUGAUUGAAAAUAACUCUCGGUUGCCAGUUCCAUGAAAGAUUUCUCAAAAAGGAACUAUUAGAAAGAUUCCAUUAUCAAGUUGCCCUAUACCUAUAUUCAAAACAGCUUUCGUAGGACUGGCAUCCACCAUAAGCAGAUUAGUUCUAACUACAUAUUGGUUUUACAUUUCAGACUUACUUGAUCAAAAUAUAUAUUCUCAGAACUUAUUUCGUACAAGAUGACUGCCCUGGGGCUAAUUCUUUUGCAAGUUCAUCUGUUUAGAGGAAAUGUAGUUUCCUUUCAAUCAGUAUGUAAUUAAACGCAGUGUUAUAAAUUAUAAUAUCUACAAAUAAAUAAAAAAUGUCACAAUA